AUGGCGUCUCCAAGCUCCGCGUCGAGAUGCACAGUGUGCGGCAGAUCCAAAACGGUGGACCGGGCCGACUUUGUCCACGUCAGGCUAGGACUCGACGAACCACCCGAACCACUCCUGUGCAAGUGCAAGAGUCCGAUCGAUAUGGUGCACACGGUGCAGAACAAGUUCUCGGAUGCAGCCUCGAUGGUGUCGGGAGAUUCGACCAGGUAUAUGAACACGGUCCCUCCUCCCAACGUGAACGCCGUCAUAAUCAAAUCCCUGUCCUCGGUUCCGCUCUUGGAGGUCGAGCUGAAAUCGGGUCCGGAAUCGUUUCGCAGGGCCUUCGAGAAGAUGACCAAGGGUGUAUUAAGCGGCGAAAAGGUCGUGAAGGUCCCCGUCGAGGCGUACAAGAUCGCGCCCGGCAUCGUGCUUGCCAUGUCGUACGAGCUCCCUUUCACAGGCCAUAUCGUGAGGUCGGAAUACAAGUCCGUCAUAGUCGAAUUGUCCUGCGACACGGUGAUGUCGAACACGAAGGUGAGGAUCAUAGCGAGACGAUACGGGCUCCAGAAGGUGCAGGACGGCGUACACACACCCUCGUUCACCUACGCGUGCGAAGUCGAAAUACUCGAGAAGACGACUCACGCCGACUUGAGGAGGAUCUGUGCCGAUACGAUAUCCGUAGUGGGAUCCGUCAGCUCUAUGUCGAGAUUCGUCGAUCAGGACGUCAUAUCUGCAGUUCGUCAAUCGGACCAUGCCGUUGUAAAUGUGAACGGCAUAUCAGCGUACUCGGGCAAGUUCAUGCUCAAGGCCGACGGUGUGAAGGUGUACGUGUUUUGCUACUUGUUCGGGAAGGUGUGGAAGGAAGCGCCGAGCGCCAGGUGUACCAAGACUUACACAAUGCCCAACGACGGCCUGGUAUGCGUGACGCCAUUCAGGACUCUGAGGAAGAAGCAGCCCACAGUCGACCUCCUGUACGGAUAA